AUGUACCACUCUGAUUUAUUCCAGCAAUACGGACCAGCAUACGCCGUUAGACCACCGCACUCCCUGCCGCCCACCUACCCAGCCACCAGCGCCCAUCAUGAUGCCUACAGGUACCCAGACUUGGAGGUCCCCCCUAGUCAGAGGUAUGAUGGCUUAUUCUCAGCGUUGGACCCUUCCCAGAGGAUUCUGGGAGCCGCCCCACUCACACCACUCUCGUUACCCCCUGGUCCUGCCCUGGGGUUUGGUCAGCCUCAGCCUCCAUGCGAUGCACCUCGUCUGCCCGGAAAUGUGAAGAUGAUACUGGAGAACAGAGAGCUCUGGAAACAAUUCCACGCCAUUGGAACAGAAAUGAUAAUCACAAAAUCUGGCAGACGGAUGUUUCCGCAGUGUAAGGUCAGCGUCAGUGGUCUGGAGCCAGAUGGAAAGUACGUCCUUCUGGCUGACCUCGUCCCGGUGGACAACAAUCGCUACAAAUGGCAAGAAGACCACUGGGAGCCCAGCGGACGGGCGGAACCACGGCUGCCGGAGCGAGUGUACAUCCACCCAGAUUCGCCGGCCCCUGGAUCACACUGGAUGAAGCAGCCAAUCUCCUUCCACAAAAUCAAACUCACCAACAACACCCUGGACCAGAUGGGACAUAUCAUCCUGCACUCCAUGCACCGCUACCAACCACGUUUCCAUAUUGUCCGAGCUCAGGACGUCUACAGCCGCCGAUGGGGAGGGUGUUCGUCUUUCACCUUCCCAGAGACCCUGUUCCUGACCGUCACCGCCUACCAGAAUGAAAAGAUCACACAGCUGAAAAUCCAGACCAACCCCUUUGCAAAAGGGUUUCGGGAAGACGGACUGAAGAAUAAAAGGUGA